UGGAAAACGAAAAAUUCCAAACACAUGUAACGGUGUGCCGCCUCAUUGGACCAGCCCAGACCCUCACCGAACCGACACCCUUCUCUCUUUUCCUCUCUUCUCUUCUAUUCCUAAAUUGUAGUUCUGUUUUGCCAGUGAUUGAAGCUAGUUAGAACAAGAUGUUGCAGCUACUCUACACUGCGAUUUUCUCCGAAAUGCUUUUGAUUCUCACGCUCGUCUUCAAAACCCCACUGAGAAAACUCGUCAUCGUUUCCCUCGAUAGUGUGAAGCGCGGUCGCGGUCCCGUGGUGGUUUCCACCGUGGGCGCCACAUUGAUGGUGGUUCUCGCUUCGAGCCUCUACAGCAUGGCCAAGAUCCAGCAACGCACCCUCGAGGCCGGCAUAGUCAACCCCACCGACCAAGUCCUCAUGUCCAAGCACAUGCUCGAAGCUUCUCUCAUGGGGUUUCUGCUGUUCCUCUCUCUGAUGAUUGAUAGAUUGCACCAUUACAUAAGAGAGCUUCGGUCACUCAGGAAGACCAUGGAAGCUAUUAAGAAACAAAGCCGAAGUUUUGAAGAUGGUAAAAAUGGAAAUUCAGAGGAACAUAAAGCAUUGAAUGAAGAAAUUACCACAUUGAAGUCUAAAAUUAAGAAACUAGAAUCUGAAUGUGAGGCAAAAGGAAGUCAAGCUAAGACUUUGGAAACUGAAGUAGAGGCUCUUAAAAAGCAAUCCGAGGGGUUCCUUAUGGAAUAUGAUCGCCUCUUGGAAGACAAUCAGAGUCUUAGGAGUCAGUUGCAGGCCAUUGACCAGAGCCCUUUGAAUUUUGAUAAUAAAAAGAGUAUGUGAUUGUUGAAAUAUCCAGAAAACAGUUUUUAUCCUUUGUUUUAACUCUUGUUUGAGUGUCACAUACUUUCUUAAUGAGGUUACAGUUGUAAAUACCAAGUGUUUACAGACAGAGAUUAGCUGUGUGGAUUGAGUGAACUUGCUGUACUUUAAGCAGCUCAUACAUAUUUGUAUAGGUGAUUUAGUCAGCCUAUAACCAUGCUGUCAUAAUGGUAAGAUGAUCAUAAAGGAACUGAUAUUUAUUGCCUAAGGUGAGUAUAUUCAGUGUUUGCA